UUGAAUUGACCGCACAUAAUUGUAAUUUGUUAAUUGUAAUAUUGAAAAAUAAUUGCUUCAGGUUAAAGCGGUUAACCAAUAUAUAUAAUAUCAAUUUUAGUAUAUUAGUUUUUUGAGAACAUUAAAGGAUUUUACUAAUUUUAGAUUGAAAGAGGUCAAAUAGUAGACCAAAAUGACGGAAAAGAAUAAUGAACAAAGUAUCAUGGAUAAAUCCAUGAGAUCGGUUUUUGUGGGAAAUAUUCCAUAUGAAGCGACUGAGGAAAAGUUGAAAGAAAUUUUUAGUGAAGUUGGACCGGUUAUUUCAUUAAAGCUGGUUUUUGACCGUGAAAGUGGAAAACCGAAAGGAUAUGGUUUUUGUGAAUAUAAAGAUCAAGAAACAGCUCUUAGUGCUAUGCGAAAUUUAAAUGGGUAUGAAAUUGGCGGAAGGACGUUAAGAGUUGAUAAUGCAUGUACAGAAAAAUCGCGUAUGGAAAUGCAACAAUUACUGCAAGGUCCACAAGUUGAAAACCCGUACGGUGAGCAUUGUGAACCAGAAUUGGCGCCAGAAAAUAUAACUAAAACUGUAGCAUCUUUACCUCCUGAACAAAUGUAUGAAUUAAUGAAACAAAUGAAGACUUGUAUUCAAAAUAACCCUAGUGAAACUCGUCAAAUGCUUCUAUUAAAUCCUCAAUUAGCAUAUGCUCUUUUACAAGCCAUGGUCGUUAUGCGAAUAGUAGAUCCACAAACUGCUUUGUCUAUGUUGUUUAAAGCUAACCAAAUGCCACCUGUUUUAAUUAAUAAUCCUGUAACUGGGCAACCACAAAUGUCUGGCCCGCCACAACCAGCUAUAGUUCCAGCGCCAACUAUAACUUCCACUAAUACUCCAACCUUUGGGUCAGCGUCAGGUGAUAUUGAUUUACGAAGUGUUGAUCCACGCAAUGUUGAUCCUAGACAAUUAGAUCCUAGAAUUGGAGGAAUAGAUCCGCGUAUAACUAGAAACUUAGAUCAAGAUAUGCGUGGAAUAUCCACAAAUCCAGCUCCGGUUCCUCCUCCUAUAAAUAAUCCAGAUCCAAGGACACAAAGAGCUAUACCACCUGUUCAACCCGCGCAGCCAACAAGUCAUUCAGCAUUUCCAAACGAUCCAAGACAAUCAAGAUCUGAUCCACGUCUCAGGGGGACUGGAACUAAUCAAACUUCGCAGCCAUUACAGCAAGGACCGUUAUCAUCACAGAAUCGGUUACCUUCUAAUGGUAUACCAAGUGAUGCUUCUGAUCAUGAAAAAGCUGCUUUAAUAAUGCAGGUUUUGCAAUUGUCUGAUGAACAAAUUGGUCAGUUACCUCCAGAACAACGCCAAAGUAUUUUGGUCUUGAAAGAGCAAAUAGCUAAAAGUACCCAGCGUUAAAUACGUAUUUUAAUUAUUUCAAUACCUAUUACUAUUUUUACGUGUGAAGUGUUCGAAUUAAAAAUUUUGAUAAACUAAGAAAGAGUUUCUUGUUAUUUACUCACUAUUUUUUGGAUUGAUUUAAAUUAUAAAACUUAAUAAAAUAUAUGAAAAAUUUUUUUCA